GUAGGUAUGUUGCUCCACAGCGACGCACUGAAGGGCCUCAGUAUGUGAAGAUGGCUCCUUUUCCGGACGAAGUGGAUGUGUUUACUGGCCCACAUUGGCGAAUGAAACAGUUGGUGGGCUUAUACUGCGAAAAGCUGUCAAAAACCAAUUUCUCCAACAACAAUGAUUUCCGCUCAUUCCUUCAGUCACUAUGUGCUACCUUUAAGGAGUUCAAGAUGCAUGAACAAAUUGAGAAUGAGUACAUCAUCAACCUGCUGCAACAGCGCUGCUGCACUGCGUACAAUGUCCAUGCUGACAACAAGCUGUCAGAGAUGCUGUCUCUCUUUGAGAAAGGGCUGCACAGCGUUAAGAGCGAGUAUGAACAGCUUAACUAUGCCCAGCAGCUGAAGGAAAGACUAGAAGCUUUCACACAGGACUUUCUACCCCACAUGAAGGAAGAAGAGGAGGUUUUUCAGCCUAUGCUCAUGCAGUACUUCACCUAUGACGAGCUGAAGGACAUAAAGAAGCAGGUGAUAGCGCAGCACUGCAGCCAGCCGCAAUGGGACUGUGCAGCUGAGGUGCUGAAGGGUUUCAGUCUGUGGAGCCAGGCCGCGCAGCUGCAGAAAGCCUUCAAAUAUGCAGAUCACGAGAAGACUGAUUAUGAACUGGAACAGAACGUGACUUCAACCAGCAUCUCUCAGCUACCUACAGAAAUCAUGCUAAGGCUCUUUCACUAUCUGGGCCCUGAAGAUCUCUGUCGCUGCAGUCAAGUGUGCAGUUCUUGGUUGGAUCUUGCCAAAACUGGCUCUCUGUGGAGGCAUCUGUACCCUGUGCGCUGGGCUAGAGGGGAUUAUUAUCGUGGCCCACCUGAGGAUCUUGGCCAGGAGCCAGAUGAGCAAUGGGUUAAGAGUCGUCAGGAUGAAGGUCGAGCCUUUCAGGAAUGGGAUGAAGAUGCUGAUGUUGAUGAAUCUGAUAUAUCCAGCUAUCUGGAAAGUUCCCUGGCAAUUAGCACUGCUCAGCGGGAGAAGAGGCUUCUGAAUGGCAUAAUCCAGAACCUUCUGCCAGUUGUGGGCUCGUCUGUGAAGUCCAUUGUGUUGGCAUACAGUUCUACAGUCUCGAGCAAAAUGGUGCGUCAAAUCCUCAGUCUUUGCCCUAAUAUUACUCAUCUGGACCUGACCCAGACGGAUGUUACAGAUUUUGCAUUUGACAGCUGGUCAUCUCUCGGAGCUUGUCAUUCUCUGGAGCACCUGGAUUUGUCAGGAUGUGAGAAAAUCACCGAUCACACCCUGAAGAAACUUUCAGUUGGACUGGGUGACCUGACUCCUUCCACCUGCUUUGACAAACGGUCAGAACGACGAGCCAAGCUUCUUAAAAGUUCUCCAGUACCCAUCACUCUGGUGGAUGAGACCAAUUUACAUCGAGUGGAACGCAAGCGGCAGGCUUUCAUUUUCAAGCAUGGGACAGGCCAUUGGGGCUCUACCUGCACCCCAACAGAGGUGUGGGUGCUGGACCCUUCUGACCUUGCUGAUAUUGAAGACGCAGCAGAAUGGAGCCGUCGUACAGGGUUUUCACUUCCUGAUGCAGACAGCUUGGUAACCACACAGCUUGUGGUCGGCUCAUGCUGCUGUCAGAGUAGGAGGAGCAAGCACAGGACUGGAUCAAAUGCCCCCUACUUAGAACAGCAGUAUUCCGUAUCUGGGGAAGUAUUCUGUGGUCACUCCACUUGCUGCAAUAACGAUACAACCCGCAGGACUUUAACUGGGCACAAGACAGGCACUGCAGAGUUUCUGAGUAAAUGCUCCUCCUUUGAGGAACUACAUUGUGUGGAGCAUGAAAGCAGGACUAACCAACUGGAGGCAAAGCGUUCGCUCCGGUUUCUCAGCCUCUCUGGAUGCUAUCAAGUCACUGAUUUGGGCUUGAGAGCGUUGUCUCAGCGUGGAGGCCUUCCCGUUCUGGAACAUCUCAACUUGUCUGGUUGUGUCUUCAUUACUGAGGUGGGGCUGCAGGAGCUGGUAACUGCCUGUCCUGCCCUCAACGAUGAGCACUUCUAUUAUUGCGACAACAUCAAUGGGCCUCACGCGGACACAGCCAGCGGCUGUCAGAACCUGCAGUGUGGCUUCAGGGCCUGCUGUCGCUCUGGAGAGUGAUGUCACCCUUCUACAUUGUCACGUCUUCUCUUAUUGCACUUUAUCCGUGGAAAACUAUUUGUUGUAUUUUCUGUCACUCACUAUGUUCUGGGUGGAGAUGUGCUUUUCCUCAUUAAAUUUCCAUCUGUAUGUCAUGGGAAUAAAAGGAAUUGAUGAGGUGAUAAAUGUCAGCAAAUGUGCAUUCUGGCUGUUUGGUUGACCGACACAAAGUACGGUGUUUGAGACUGAAAUAGGCACGAAAAUUAUGAUGACUAAUUUACAUUUCUUUUUUAAAAGCAUUUAUUGGAUGGCUCGUGUGGUGUUGAAAAAGAACGGUUACUGGAGAACCUGAUCUACAGAGUCCUGUUGUACGUGGAUUUCCUCACACCCCUCAGGCUGUUUAGUUAACAGCACAAACAUCCAACAUCAAUGAAUAUGUCCAGACAUAGGAAUUUUAAUUAACGUUGCUGUACAGUCUUCAGCAUUUGUCAGACUUUGAAAAAUACUGUCCUUAAUCAAAGAUUUUGCUUCUCUAUUUUCCUUGUGCACGCCAGUUUUGGGAGAAAAAAAACAAAAAAACAAUGUUGAUAUAGGAGAAUAUUUUGAUAUACUUAAAACUGAGGAACUCUGAGGGCAGACGAAAGAGGAUGGAGAUGAUUUUUACCCUCGGGUUGGGAGAUGUAGAAUCCACUUGCCCAACUUUAAGUAGAUUGUGUUACAUCUUUAAUCAUUCUGCUCCAGGAAAUAUUUGCUUGUUGCAUGCAGAGUUCCAUUGGAAAUGUACAAUUCAUAUGUAGAACAAUAAACAUAGCUUGGAUUAAAAGU